CCGAGUGGUAUGGACACAUGUAAGCCGCGCUCCAUUCGGAUCACACUUGCAGGUGCCCAUAUGGCACGUCGGAUGGUGCGCUCCAGACUACCCGUAAGAUUCGACAAGCCAACACACUCUACUGAUCACGCCAACAUGCAAUCCCCAUUCUCAUUCAUCAUGYACGAGGGUUCGAAGGGAAACGAUCAAAAACGAAAAGGCGAAGAAAGUCGCGCAUUACAGAAGCUAGUUCGUCACAGCACGGUGAUCUCCCUGGGAUCGGAAGAGUACAAGGUACUCUUCAAGCCGUGGAUGACGCGAGCGGAGUUUCGAGAGCUAAAAUGCUUGGAAGAGGAAAACACUUUCUGGGUGAUGGCAAUUCAAGUGCCGUUGGACGACAUGCCGUUCAUUCACGCGCAGAUUGAGAAGGCUAUUGGCCCAAUAAGAAGGGCAUAUCCAGCGGACGCGGAUCCACAGCGCCCGACCUUGGUUAAUGCCAAGUUCGAUUUAGACCCGGCCCCCCGCCCUAAUAUGAAAGAUAAAAUAUGGGUGGAGACUCUGAAGGGAGAUAAGCUGGAGAUAGGUUUGGCGACGGCAGGAACGAUGAGGUGCAGCAAGUGCAGGCAGUAUUUUCGUACUGAGGAGGAUUGCAGACUGGGUCAACGUCGCCCGAACGGUUCAACGGCGAAUGGAAAUCAGGGAGAGAGAUCUUCGAAUCGACAACAUCAAGAUAAUCGAAGACAGGAGGGUACGAGGUCACAGUACCAAGGAGUACUUCGCCCGAGAGCGGCAUCACAAGAACCCCAGCCGACGCUUAGCCACGUUUCAUCAAUAAGGAAUAAUCCGACGUUUUCCCCAUCGAGACAACCGGACCAGGGCAACGGGCACCUAGGUCUCGGAGUGGGAGUUGAACCUUGGGGUUUGCCGCCCCAAGGUGGAAGAAGUCAAACGGGAGCUCUGCAGGGCCUUCCGCCUCAAUUGAACACAGAAGCAGCCAGGAAUUACUAUUAUUGGGCGGCCAUGACGUUGGCGAAUGGGGGGUUUGUGGAUCUCACAGGGAAUCUGUCGUUCCGCUAUGGCAUGCCCAGAGGUCAACCAAUCCCUCAGCAAGAAAGGGGAGUUCCCUGGACAGGGCAACAGGGAGAGGGAGGACUCCGGACGGAGCAACAAGGAGAUGGGUUAAUCCCAAACGGGCAACAGGGAGGGGGACUACCCCAGGCAUGGCAACAAGGAGGAGAAAUACCUCUGGGAGGACAACAAGGUGGUGGCGUACAAGGGGCAUGCCAACAAGAUGCCGGCCAGCAGAUGAGGCAAGAGACGGGGAGGGUAAAUACCGACAUACCUUCUCAAACGAGUCCGCCAAGAGUAGGCAAAGCAGGAGGAGGUCCUUGUAGCGAGCGGGAGAGGAUGGACCAGGAACAUAGGAAUACUCCGAGCCGCUCGAGAGGGCUGACAGCGGGGAAGCAGCGCAGGCUUAGCUUCUCAGGACAGGAUAUCCAACAGGAGUAUUCAAGGCUAUCAAGAAGCGGCUCGAAACAUUCGGUCAGCCAAGAAGUGGGAUUGGUCACACCAGGGAAUAAAACGACUCGAGACAGACGCCUGGCGUCUUCGUCACGAGGAGCUACGACGGAUAUGCCCCAGUACAUUGUACCUCUUCUUUGCACGGCUGCAAGGAAUAAUUUAUGGGUGAUAACGUGGCAACGAUCAGCUGGACCUCUUACGCUAUUUGGGCAACAAGUGAUGGAGGUUUCGUCCGUGACAAGUGUGGAGAAUGCGAUGAAAGUGUUGUAUCUGGAGUACUUCCCCACAAGGGCGAUUCCGGACAUCCCGAUGGCCAGAGUUCUUCACGGCCCAUGUGGAAAUAAGAUUAAGUUAUUCGUUCCAGUAAUCGAUGCCCGGUUGACAGAAGUGAAGGUGGCUGCGAUGAAAAUGCUUGGUCUGUGUCUGGUACCCCUGCUGCACUUCGCAGAAGCCAGACGACAGGAGCUCUGCAAGUUGUUGAUCUCUCCUCUGGAUAUUUCUGCAGAGUGCUUGAUGGAGUUGAAAAUAAGGCUUCCGAAGGAAAGGAAACUGGACUUGCAGUUUCUCAGGAAUGCGCUGACGUAGAGCUGGUCACAGGAAGGAAUUCCAUCCUCCCAGAUCCAAGCACAGCAGGGGAAGAAGAGUAUAAAUGGUUAAAAUUAGGAUUGCCUCGUGGAACCUACAGGGGUUUGGGGAUACCAGCGGGAGGAAUAAACGUAGCAGGUUUAGGGCCUGGGUGCAUGAGAAGAGGGUGUCGAUUGCAUGUGUACAGGAAACAAAAUUAAACGAUGAGA